UCUGAAUUGAUAGCAUUCAAUGAAGUAAAUAAAUGACCAAAGUUGUUUGUAUGGCCGGAUAGAACUUGGGCUGAAAAAUGAGAUAGUAAGAUGGAUGUGAAGCCAUACAAGAGUAAAUAAGAUCGGAAAUGAGAAUACACCUACAUAUAGAAGUGGCACUAGUUGAUAAUAAUUUAGGUGAAUGACCUUGGUAGUUGGGGCAUAUCUUGUAUAGGCUUACCAAAAAUAAUAUUGCUUGAUGUGGUAGAGAAAUUGGAACAAAGAAGUGGCGAAAAAGGAUUUAUGUUUAACAUACAUGGUUUAUCCAGGGGCUGUGCAUUCUCGGUUUGAGCAUUCAGUUGGUGUCUAUUGGCUGGCUAGUGAAGCUAUACACAGAUUGAAGACCUAUCAAGGAUUAGAACUUGGUAUUGAACGCUGUGACAUACAAACAGUAAAACUUGCUGGUCUACUACACGAUGUGGGUCAUGGGCCAUUCAGCCACAUGUUUGAGCGCGAGUUUCUACCCCGGGUUCUCAAUGGCCUAAAAUGGUCUCAUGAAGAAAUGUCUUUGAAGAUGAUAGACUACAUUAUUGAUGAACACAAUAUAGAGAUUGAUUCUGAAAGUCUUAAGAAAGUCAAGGAAAUGAUAAUUGCUUCUGAAAAUUCUACAUCGAAAAGCUCCAACGAAAAACAUUUCUUGUAUGACAUUGUUGCUAAUGGGCGUAAUGGAAUUGAUGUGGACAAAUUUGACUACAUUGUCCGUGACUCCAGGGCUUGUGGUCUUGGCUGCAAUUUUCAGUUUCAGAGGGUUUUAGAAACUAUGCGAGUCAUAGAUGAUGAGAUAUGUUACCGUGCUAAGGAAUAUCUUACAAUCCACAAAUUAUUUGCUGCUCGGGCAGAUUUGCAUCGGACAGUGUAUACGCAUGCAAAAGUGAAGGCUAUAGAACUCAUGUUCGUUGAUGCCAUGACAAAAGCAAAUGAUUAUCUGCAAAUUGCAUCAUACAUUGAUGAUCCAGCUCAAUACUGGAAGUUAGACGACACAAUAAUGAAAACCAUUGAAACUUCUUCCCAUCAAGAGCUGAAGGAAUCUAGAGACCUAAUUCUUCGCAUACGGAGAAGGGAUCUUUACCAGUUCUGUAACGAGUUCGCUGUUCCAAAGGACAAGCUGGAGCACUUCAAAAAUGUUACUCCUCAAGAUAUAAUUUGUUCACAGAAUUCUAGUCGCCCUGCAUUGCGGGAGGAUGAUAUUGCGGUGAGCAAUGUCAAAAUUGAUCUUACUCGUGGAAGGAAGAAUCCACUUGAAAGCAUCAACUUUUUCCAGGAUUACGAGAGCACUGAAAAAUUCAGCAUUACAGAGGAUCAGAUCAGUCAUUUGCUGCCUGCAUGUUGCCAAGAUAUGAUAGUUCGAGUUUAUUCCAAGAAGCCCGACCUAGUGGAAGCAAUAUCUGAGGCCUUUGAGAAUUUUCAAAUGAAGACAUACGGGAUGAAAACUCAAGUGCACUCGACUCCAGAGAAGAAGAAACGCCCCAGGUAUAACAAACCUGCAGUGUUUUAGCUGUAUUAAUCCAUCUACAGAUCUACUUCAAACUUGUGUGUCACG